UAAUGGGGAAAAAGAUAUUGCACCGAAAAUCUGAUCUCAGGCAAUAGAUAGAUAGAUAGAUAUAAACUGGUGGUGCUAAAAAGAAAGAAAUCACCCUUCUUCGUUGAUAAUUCAAUUUCAGAACCAGGCGGCCAGCAAAAGAAAGAAAGAAAGAAGAGAGAAGAAAGAAACAGUCCUGGGUUUGUUUUUCUGGGUCCAAUGAGAAGCUCUCGUGUUUUUUUCUUCAUAUUUUCUUUCGGGAAUUGCUAAAAGUUGAAGUUGAGGAGCUUCGAGAAGAGGGUCCGUCCGUCUGCCUGUUUGUCAAUCUGUUUCAAUAGUCUUUGAAGUAGAUUUUGACUUCCUUCGUGGUCGUGGAGGCAGUUGAGAAGUUGUGGUGAAUGCGAUCUGUUUUCCUGGACAAAUAUGGCAACUUUCAGUGCUUUGGCAAUUGGGUUAAGCUUUGGAUUUGGAUGUAUUCUUCUAGGGCUUGUUGCAGAGCUUUACUACCUUUUAUGGUGGAAGAGGAGAGUCUCUAGUAGAGUUACUGAAGACCAUCAUUACAAUAACCAAACCAUUACCAAAGAACCAUCCCAUCAUCUGUUUUGUUGGAGAAAGUCAAUUUCUUUAGAUAGUGAUGAGGUCACUAAUUCAGUGACAAAGACGUCAGAGACCAUUGAUGAACAUGAACCAGACCUUGAAUUGGGAGUAGUGGGAGGGAAGGAUUUGGUGAUCAAGGGAUUUGGUGAAGAAGGUGUGGAGUGUGAGAUCAUGAGGCUGCACAAUCUAUGUGGGCCUACUAGGUUUUUGUUCACAAUCAAGGAGGAAACGAAAGAGGAUAUGGAAUCUGAUGAUGGGAAAUCGAGAAGCAGAAAAAGGUCGAGAACUAGAAGCUUAAGCGACAUUCUUGUGACGAUUGAGUCAACAACAACCCCUUUGGCUUCACCAUUGAAAACCCAAAACUUUGAUUCAUACAAUCACCAUGGGUUUAAUCCCCUGUUCGAACAGUUAACUGAGUCAGAGCUUAAUAGGCUGAGAUCUUCACCCCCUCCCAAGUUCAAGUUCAUGAGAGAUGCUGAGGACAAGCUGAUGAAAAGGUUAAUUGAAGAAGAGGCUGAGAGAAAAGCCCUCAAAGAUACUCAAAGAUUAGCUGCUGCUUUUGAUGAUGAUGAUGAUGAAGAUGAAGAUGAAGAGGAAGAGGUUCAUCCUUGAACUGGUUCACAUGAGGUACUUACUUCCAUUGGCUUCAUGUUAUGAGAAUCAAAAUCUUAGUGUCUAUUCAUAUUUUUUCAUUUUCUUUUCACUGUUUGUUGUGAUUUGGAUGUUAAUUAAUAGACUUAGAGAUUAGAGAGAAUGAAAAUAGUAGAAAUAAUAGUAGUAAUAGUAGUGCAUCAUGAUCAUGAUCAUCAUGAUCAUGAUCUGUAAUGUAACGAGUGUGAAAAUCAAAUUCUAAUCUUUUUCUUCCCAGGGCCUAAUUCGAAUAACUGUUUACUU